UAUAAGGAACAAUAACUAUGAGUAUGACAUACUGAAUUUUAGCUCAUUUUAGGGAAAAAAAAAAACUUUGUUGCUUUAAAUGGGCAUCUUUUAUUCUGGUUGCUGUCCUAUUCAUGGAACUACUGAGGAGAAAGAUUGCAUAUUAAGUGUGACAGCCGUGGCUCAUGAGCUGCAGGAAAGCAGAUCUGGACCUGAGAAGGAGGAGAGGGCCUGGAGCAGCACUCAAACCUCCAUCUCCACUACUGAGGGGGAAUCAGAUGCUGAAUUACACGCAUUCAUCAAGAUGAGGAACAAAGUGGACAAAGAUACUGAGGAAUGGGAAAAACUGAAUUAUGAUAUCCACGCUCUGAGGUGUGCUCGUAGAGAAGUUUGUACACGUUGGAAGAAGAUCUUGCUUCAGCUGGGUUACCAGAGGGAGGCAGACUCCUUACUGACAGUGAACAGACGGACCGUUCUGAAUGACUGGGACAAUGUGGAGAAGGCCAGAGAACUCCUGCGCAUAGUAUCUGAGGAGACGGGCCUCUUCCCCCGUGGACUCAGAAACAGUGAAAGAUAUGUCUUUGUCAUGGAUCGACUGGUGUCUUUGGACAGUGCUGAAGACUUUAUGCGGCUGGCCAAAGAGAAAUAUCCAAGAAUUGAGUCUUGAGAUGGAAAGAAACUUCUAAGUUUGGACUCGUUUGCUCUCUUUGAUGCUUCUUCUGCAACUAUUUUUAUCAAUAAAAUUGAUGUUUGGCGUUGCAGGAGCGGCACUGUUAUAAAAGGAAGUUAAAUUAGAAUUAGAAUAAUGGGGUGAUAACUUGUUGUUAUGAGUGCAA